GCUUCUGUUCUGACGGUGCUCGAGCUAUGACAGGUAAACAUGGAGGUGUUGCGACUAAAAUAAAAUUGGUUACAGAAAAUUGUACUUUCAUACAUUGCAACAUCCACAGGGAAGCUUUAGUAGUAAAACGUAUGCCAGAACCAUUUAAACUAGUACUCCAGGAAGCCAUAAAGGUAGUCAAUUUUAUUAAAUCUCGGGCUCUACAGUCUCGUUUAUUUACAAAACUGUGUUCCGAAAUGGGAAGUGAUCACAUUCAAUUGCUUUUACAUACGGAAGCGAGAUGGCUCUCUCGAGGAAGAAUGCUUAGCAGAUUAUUUGAACUACAUUCUGAGGUUCAGUUAUUCCUAGGAGAGACUAAUUUUGAACUCAAAGAUAAAUUGACAGAUAACCUGUGGAUAACAACAUUGGCAUACUUAUCAGACAUUUUCAAUCGUCUCAAUGUAUUAAAUUUAAGUUUACAAGAACAUGAACUUCAAGUGGAAGCUGAUCUUAUAAAAAACAAAACAUCAUUGUAAAAUGCUAAAAACAACGUUUGAAGAAUAUUUUAAAGAAGAUUAUUCUGAAUUUUUUUGGAUAAG